CAGCAAAAUAAAAAGGCGCGUCAGCGACCGUCUUCCUUUUCAGGGCACUGGACACACGCCAGCCAUUACCUAGGGUACCCUUAGAAAGUGGCUCCACGUAGCUUAGCAGCAAUAGGUCGCUCCUCUUGCGCCUCUCAACAUCACGCGAAUGCAAUAGAAAACAGUGUAGGGAUAAAUCAUGGAAUUGAAAACGGUUGACGGGUUUUGCAUUGACAAAUCAAACUCCGCCGAGUUGCAAGAGGUCAUCAACUCUAUGCAUCGCUGGUACCGCAAUUCGGCCAAAUGUUACGUGUAUCUGUCCGCCGUUUCGAUAAAUUAUCAGAGCGGGGUCGAUCAGUUACUUCAGCCUUGGGAGCCGGCUUUCCGGAGGAGCGGAUGGACCUUACAGGAACUUAUAGCUCCUACCGUGGUAGAGUUCUUUGAUCAUGCAUGGCAUCAUCUUGGGAGCAAGAUUAAGUUGCAAGACAUGAUUUCCACAACUUACGAAUAUCAGUCGGGAUGCACUUGCCGGACAAAGCUUAAGCAAAUUCAGCAUAGCGCAAAAGAUGUCUUGGGCAGCGCCCAGGAAUGCUACUCGAUCAGAAGAUAUGGCCUACUCUCUCAUGGGUAUUUUCGACAUUAAUAUGCCCUUGUUGUAUGGUGAGGGACAAGAGAAAGCGUUUCUUCGAUUACAAGAAGAAAUCAUAAAGAAAACAGAUGACCAUUCACUCUUCGCAUGGGAACUUCAAUCGCGAUAUGCUGUCCGUGGCCUUCUCGCACCCUCUCCUGCAGCAUUCAAAACUCUCAAUACAUCGUUCCCUGCAUUAGUCAAGGACCAAGAAAGCCGUAUAGUCCAACAAAUCGGGGAUUGCAAAUACAUCUACUGAUCGCCGAGUAUUUAAGGUGUGGCUUGCAUGCUGCAGCUUUAAAUUGCAUGGAUCAAAGGACUGGAACUCCGCUCGGGAUUCAUCUGAAGCAAAUUGGUGAGAAUCGCUUCGUUCGAACG